AUCUGCCUUCAUUUGGCCAUGGACGACGACGUCACCAUGGACGGCGAGGACGCCGGUCCAUCACGGGCUCAAGGCGAUAAGCGCAAGGCAGCAGCUGAGGCACCAUCUGCAGCAGCAGCGCCGCAACAGCAGCAGCGGCAUCCUCCUGCCAGCGCCAAGAAGAAGUCGUCAGCGGUGUCGCGUGCCGAGGGUGCCAUUGACAGGAACCCCUACGACUGGAAGGCAUGGGACACUCUGGUGGAGGAGGUGCCCUCACACGACCUCUUCGAACGCGUCCUUGAGGUCUUCCCAAACGCGGUCAGCCAGCCAGCCAGGCAGGCAGGCAGCCUUGAUGGAUGGCGGAUUGUGAACGAACGAGCGAAUGCACUCAUCUCAUCUCAUCUGUGUGUAUGUGAUGUGGUGGGCUGACUUGACUGGCGUCCGUCGUGUCAGGUUCGUUAUUGGCUCCGCUAUGCGCGGUGGCUCUCCGGGCAGGUACCAGUGCCAGCAGCAGCAGGAGAAGCAGCGGCGCCUGAGGCCAAGAGGGCACGGGUGGAUGAGCAGACCGACAACGGAGACAAAGAAGCUCAUGCAGAGGCGACGGAUGGGCCGCGGAGAGAAGCCAUCGGGCGUGUGCUCGACGUUUACAGCCGUGCGGUGGCCGUCUGUCCGUCUGCCGGUCACCACACCACACCACACCAAGUCAUGGACGGACGUGGAAUCGGGUGGUGCAUCUCACUCUCUCUCUCUCUGUGUCUGUGCAGAGCUGUGGCGCGCCUACAUCGACUUCGUGUGCACCUGCCCGGCAGACACCUUUCCCACCACAGCCACAGAGCCCCCCAACGACCACCACCACCAGACGCAGCCGCAGCACCCGCAGCAGCCGGCCACCGCCGGCCCAUCCCAUUAUGGGUAUUCCUUUUUGUUCGGUUUGCUGAACACCGCUGUGGAUGAGGUGGGGGCCACGCCGCAGUCGUUCGACCUCUAUGCCGCACUUCUCUCGCUGCUCGUCCGUAUCUAUAACUCAGCACUGCUGCAGGUACGUAUGUCUGUCCGUCGGUCGCACACCAAGGAUGGAUAAGACAACAAACAAGGCAGGCAGGCAGGCAGGCACAACGCUGCAUGCCGUGUUUCUCUUUCCUCGCUCUAUGUAUGUAUGUGUUUCUUUCAGUCCGGGACGACAGAAGGGCUCCUCCUCGACCCAUUCGGACCGGUCAGCACACCACAGCACAGCACAUCGCCUGACACACAAUGUACGUUUCUCCUUCUCUCAGCUGUCGGUGGGCAAGUUCGGCCGUCCUCUGAGGUCGCGUGAGGACAUAGCGGACCGGCUGUCGCGGGCUGCGAGGGAGUCAGAGAGCAAGGGCGGCGGCGAGGACCCCACGGGAGGGCUGCCCGAGGGGCUGCCGGCUAACGAGGUGGAGAGGGAUGAGCUGGGAAUGCUCAAGGCUGAGGCCUCCGUCAACGACAUCAGACGACGGACACAAAUGGUCGGACGGACGGACGGACGAUGGGUGGUUCCUGCCAUCGGAUGGAGCGGGAUGGAUGGUGCUCUUCUCACUCACUCGUGUGUGUGACCGUGUGUGCGACAGUGGUUGAGCACGCCGUGUGGGGCGUUGGACAAGGUGUGGGGCGCAUACUGCCAGUUCGAGAAGAACCUCAACAAGCAGCUGGUGCGGACGGACGGCGGGAGAGGGAGAGGCGGGGAGGGACUCCGUAGGUGUGUGUGUGUAUGUGUGUAAGCACGCUUGUUUGUGUUGGUUGUGUGUGUUCAGGCGAGUCGUCUGAUAGCCGAGUGCGAGCCCGUCUACCAGGCAGCCGGUGCCAUCACUAGGGUGAGACAGACAGACAGACAGACAGCAAAGAGAAGGUGCAGUCAGUCGGAUAGAGACCAGACCGAUGUCUGCGCAUUUGUGUGGGUCAUUCAUCUUCAUUUGUUGAACGAUUGGUUCUCCACACAGGAGGUGCAGGGGCUGUACAGCAAGGUGGACAUGCUGCGGCCGUCCGUACCGAUCACAGCCGACAAUGCCGCUAACCAGAAGGUCAGUCAACCGGACAACAUACAAAGACCCCACACCCGCGUCGCGUGUGGGUGGAGUGGAUCCCGUCCGUCCAUUUUGUCCGUAUUUACGUCUUAUGUGUGUGCAGUCCCUGCGUGAGAGCUGGGAGGCCAUCAUUGCCUUCGAGAAGGACAACCCCAUGCAGCUCGCCGUAAGUGCAGUGAGUCCACUUCACUUCCCACCGAUCUGAUCUGUCUGCCCGCUCACACCACACCAAGUCUGACUGACACUAUUGACCGUACCCAUUUCUGUGUCUGUCUGUGUGUCAGGAGGCGUCUCUGGUUCAGCGUGUGAUGACUACGCUGCAGAGUGCGGUGAUGUGUGGGUGUGCGUACCACCCCGACAUCUGGCUCACCUUCCUCCACUUCCUCAACAAACACCAAAUGCGCGACAAAGGUGGGUCGGUCGGGUCGAUGGGAGGGAGGGAGGGAGGGCUGGGUGGAUGAUGCACACAACACAACCGCCUGCACUGCACUUAUCCUAUCCAGCGAUUGAGUGUCUGCGUCGCGGCAUUGAGCUCUUCCUCCCACACGAUGGUGACACACACACACACAGACACGCUUGCCCGUUGGAUGGAUGAAUGGAUGGAUGCGUCCAACUUGCUUCAUUCCUUCGGUGCUGUGCUCGGUCGUGCUGCACACACUGCAGAGCUGUUGCGUCUCGUCCUGGCCGACUCACUCGAAGAACAAGGCGACCUCGAGGUCAGCUCACUCAGCAAACCAGCCAUCCCAUCAACACCCACCCAACUAACCCCUUGUGUUGUUUGUGUGUGCCUACCCCAUCUAUCCCCCAGGGCGCACUGCAAGCCUAUGAGGGCCUGAUGCAGAGCGUCCUGGUGCUGCACGACGAGGACCCCAGUGCUGCCGCCAUCGCAAGGUCACUCGCACCCGCCAUGGCCCCAGCCACCGGCAGGCGGCCGAUGGACAAGGGCGAGGAGGGGCCGGGGGGCAAGGAGCCGCCACCGGCAUCGCCUCUCGCCCUAAUCUCAUACCUCAACUUCAUCAGGAGAAACUACGUACGUCAGUCACAACACAGCCAGCCACAGACGGAGAGGGGGAUGGGAGGAGGGACCAUUGAUUGUCUUGGGUGUGUGUGUGCGGUGCAGGGUGUGGAAGAGUGGCGCCGUGCCUUCUCGGAGGCGACGGAGCUGCCUUUGUCCCUGUUCUCGUGGGAGGCGGUGAUCGCCCAGGCAUUGCGCGAGUGGCGGAUGGCUGGAGGGGAGACCACCACCCGCAGGAAGGAGGCCGUCAUGGACACACUCAGGGUGGGCCGGCAGCGCUUCCGCCUCAACGGGCAGUUCAUGCUGGCCUGGGCCGACCUUCUCGUCGACAUGGGAGACAUUGACGGUCGGUGACUGAUGUUCGUACGUACGAGUGUAGGCAGGGGAUGAUGAGAUGCACGAUGGAUGAUCUGAUCCUGUCUGUCUGUCUGUCGUUCUGUCGUGUGUGCAGCUGCGCGCGAGGUGCUCUCGGAAUCGGUGGAGGCCAUUGCCAAGGAAAAGGGUCAGAGACGGACAGAGGAGAGCACCGCAUGGCCAUGAACCACAUGCCAUGCUCGACUCCCUCCUCCGUCCGUCCGUGUGUUCAGGUGAGUGUUGCGAGAUGCUGUGGCAGCGGUGGUUGCGGCUGGAGCAGACCUACGCCACACGAGAGUCACUCAAGGCCACACAAAAGGCCCACACCCAGCAGCAGCAGUACGUCGCAUCCCUCGCCGCCGUACCCGACGCACAACCAGCGGUCGCCACAGCGGCCGGUAAGUCAUGGACCAGGGAGGUGGAAGGAAGGAUGACUGACGCUCACAUGAUGGGUGCGUGUGUGUGUGUGUGUGCGUGUGUGUGUAUGGCUUACACACACAGAGACGGUGCCCGAGCUGCUGCAUCGGUACCGUUUUCUCCAGCUGGAGCCCCGCACACUCACCACAGACGCAUUCCUCACCGAGACGAAGGGACCCGCCACCCACAUACACAAGCCGGACGGUCAGUCAGUCAGUCAGCAACCUGUCUCUCUUCCAUUCCUGCACGUCUGUCUGUCUGUCUGUCUGUCUGUGUGUGGUGGGUGCGGUGCAGUGGGUGAAGCCGACCAGCUCGCCGGCCCCGAGCCGCGGAGCAGAAGGCGCGAGAGGGGCCCGGAGGACAGAUCUGCGGCUGCCCACGGUGCGGGCCAGGUGGCCGUUGCGGGUGGCCGCAUGGCCCGGCCAGACACCACCCGCAUGCUCUCUUACAAACCAUUCCUCUCACCCCAGGGGGCCAUGCAGCAAGGUCAGGUCGGGCCGGUGGGCUCGCCUUCCUUUGUAUCUCACUGGGAUGGGGGCAUCCAUGUCUGUGUCUGUGUGUGUCGGUGGGCUGGGCAACGAACCAAUCAAUCAGGCGAGGGCGAGGCGGAUUUCUCAUCCUUUUUGCCUGCGGUGAUCCCGCGUGCGCUGCAGGACCUGCAGUUCCUGCUGCCGUCGUUGGCCCCCGAUGGUCUGGAGAUGCAGCGGCUGCGUGCGCGGGGUUUCUCGAUGGAGCUGGUGGACUACCUCCUCACCACGCUGCAGCUGCUGCCCAUCCCGCACGUCAAGCUCGACCAGUUCGGGCCGCUGCCCACUGGGGCCGGUGGUGCUGGUGGGGCUGUGCCGAGGGAGGGAGAUAAGGCGGCAGUGGCUAAGGAGAGACGGGGCUCCGGUGUUACGAAGGGCGAAAAGGUGAGCGCGCCAUGGAUGUGAUGGACCAUGGAUGGAUCGUGUGUGCUUUGUCGUGUGUCGUCAGGUGGGUGUGGGUUAUGACGCUGAGAUGGCACUCAACGGCACGACGGACGUCAAGGAUGAGGAGGCAGGUCAGUCACCGAGAGAGAGGGAGAGAGAGAGAGAGAGAGAGAGAGACUCAACACACCAACGCAACCCACCUGUGUGAUGUCUCUCUCUGUCUUACCCCUCCCACCGAUCGAUGGCAUCCAUCCAUUGCACUCUCAGACGAGGCAUCCGAUGAGGACGAGAUGACGGCCGAGGGGCCGACCUUCUUCAGAGCCAGGGGGCCCGCAGACAAGGGCGAUGCCCGACGCACUGCUGAAGACAAGAAGGCCUCGGUGGACUGGGCUGCCAGCUUAUACCGACAGAGACUCGCCAGACGGAUCAAGAGAGAGCCCAUGGGAUGAGAGAGAUGAUGGAUAAGAGUGCCUGUGAGUGUAUGGUUGGGUGGGUUGACUCGUG